AUGGGUGGCGGUUCUGACGCAUCUGAAGUUCCAAGCUCCGCUAAUGGGGAUGAGAAGACGGUGGUUAGGAUGUCGGAGGAGAUUGGCGUGUUACAAGCCGUCAGCAUCGUAUUUGGAGCUAUUGUUGGGUCUGGGAUCUUCGUAUCGCCUGUUGGCGUUCUGCGAUACUCGAAUUCCGUCGGUCUAUCGCUAAUCAUGUGGGUAGUGCCGGGUCUGUUCAGCAUGCUUGGUGCUCUGGUGUAUGCCGAGCUGGGUGUGCGAAUCCCGAAGUCCGGCGGCGAGUAUGCAUAUGUCCUCGAAGCAUUUGGUGGUCUGCCUGCAUUCGUUGUGAUGUGGAUCACCUUUGUGGUCAUUGGUGGUGUCAGUUGUGCUGCCAAUUCGAUAGUGUUCGCGGAGUACAUGCUGCAGCCCGUCUACCCUAACUGUACAAUCCCUGGACCUGUUGUGAGCAUGAUUGCCCUUUGUGGUCUGAGUCAUGUGGAAAGUUUUCAUGAUGCCUUCGAGGGAUCGAAUUUGUCUCCCGGUUAUCUAGCAUUGGCCUUCUAUCAGGGCUUCUGGGCUUUUGGAGGGUGGAAUUCGCUUAAUUUCUUGGUGGAAGAAAUGAAAAACCCUGGUAGAAAUCUGCCACUGACGAUUGGGAUCUCCCUCUCCCUGGUAACUGGGCUGUACGUGCUGACGAACAUAGCCUACCUGGCGGUGCUCAGCCCCUAUGAAAUGCUGGCCACAGGCUCUGGAUCCUCCGCCAUCGCCGUGGUGUUCGCGAAGCGUGCAAUGCCCUGGAUUUCCAUGCUCAUGCCCGUUUUCGUUGGUGCCUCAGUGUUUGGAAGCAUCAAUGGGCAGGCGAUGUCGAUGUCUCGGUGA